AUGGAGAGGAAAUGCAUCAUUUCCAUGCUUUGUGCAUUCCUGAUCGCCGGCUUUGCAACUCCUGUCGCUCCGGCGAUUGACAAACGGCCGGUGGCAGUAGAAAGGUGGUGCGAAAAGCUCCCUCAUGCAAAGGAAAAGUUGACCAAACUUCACUUCUUCUUUCACGACGUUGUGAGUGGCAAAAAUGAGACGGUGGUCCGGGUGGCAGAAUCCAAAGCCACUGCCAAAUCACCCACCGUCUUCGGCGCUGUGUUUAUCAUGGAUGAUCCGCUGACAGAGGGACCCGAACCCAGUUCAAAGAUAGUGGGUCGAGCUCAAGGAAUAUAUAGUUCGGCUUCAAUGGAGGAGAUUGGUUUUUUAAUGACCCUAAAUUUUGUGUUCACAAAUGGCCAGUACAAUGGCAGCAGUCUUAGUGUGCUUGGGUACAAUCCGAUUUUCAAAAAGUACCGGGAGAUGCCGAUUCUUGGUGGCUCCGGCCACUUCCGCCUUGCACGGGGUAUUGCCACUGCCAAAACUUACCGGCUUAGUGCUUCCGGCGACGCCAUUGUGGAAUACCAUGUCAUGGUCUUGCAUUAUUGA